CGCCCGCCCGGGAUGCCAUGGCUCCGCCGGGCUCCGCGCUGCCCGCCUGCCUGCUGGGGCUGCUGCUGCUCGUGUGCUGCGGAGAUUUUGGCCAUUCCUCUGAGCUGGCAUUCGUUGUGGAGCCCAGCGAUGACAUAGCCGUGCAGGAGCAACCCUUGAUCCUGUACUGCCAGGUGGAGGGCAUCCAGCCCAUCACCAUCACAUGGAGGAAGAACGGCGUGAUGAUCGUGGACAGUGAGAAUGCCUUCAUGUUGGCCAACGGGUCGCUCUACGUCUCCCGCUUCCAGAGGCUCCGGGGAGAUGGCUCUUCGGACGAGGGCGAGUACGAUUGCAUGGCACAGAACCACUAUGGGCUGGUCGUGAGCCGGAAGGCCAAGAUCCAGGCAGCAACGAUGUCCGACUUCCACAUCCACCCUCAGAACGCAGUGGUGGAGGAAGGUGGUGUAGCAAGAUUCCAGUGCCAGAUCCAUGGCUUGCCUGAGCCGGUCAUCCUAUGGCACAAGAACAGCAUGCCAGUCAACACAGACAACGAAAGGUACACGCUGCUUCCCAAGGGGGUUCUCCAGAUAACGGGACUGAGAGCAGAAGACAGUGGGAUAUUUCACUGCGUUGCCACCAAUAUCGCUAAUGUGAAGUUCAGCCGGGAGGCCCGACUCACCGUGUCAGGCUCCCACUCCACCGUUUACAAGGACCCCAUGAUUCUCGUGGGGCCGGAGAACCUCACGCUGACAGUGCACCAGACGGCGGUGCUGGAGUGCAUUGCCACGGGGAACCCCCGGCCCAUCGUCUCCUGGAGCCGCCUCGAUGGUCGCCCAAUUGGUGUGGAGGGGAUCCAGGUGCUGGGGACAGGAAACCUCAUGAUCUCAGACCUCACCGUGCAGCACUCUGGAAUCUACGUGUGCGCCGCCAACAAACCCGGCACCCGUGUGCGCAGGACGGCCCAGGGCAGCCUCGUGGUACAAGCCCCUGCAGAGUUUGUGCAGCAUCCCCAGUCCAUUUCCAGGCCAGUGGGGACCACUGCCAUCUUCACGUGUGUGGCCCAAGGAGAACCCCCUCCCCAGAUCACUUGGCUGAGGAACGGGCAGAUCCUGGAGACCAGCGACCACAUCAAGCUGAAGAAUAACAACAGCACUCUGUCCAUCUACGGGAUCAACCAGACGGACGAGGCCAUCUACCAGUGCCUGGCGGAGAACAGCGCGGGCUCCACGCAGGCCAGCGCCCGCCUCACCGUGCUCUGGGCCGACGGGCUGCCCAGCCCCCCCCAGGCCGUCAGGGCCGAGACCGUCUCUGCCACCACCAUCCAGGUGUCCUGGGAGAAGCCCCUGCAGAACACCAAAGAGAUCAUCGGCUACGUGCUGCACAUUCGGAAAGCUGCAGAUCCCGUCGAGAUGGAGUACCAGGAGGCUGUUAGCAAGAGCACCUUCCAGCAGCUGGUGACCGAUUUGGAGCCCUCGACCAGCUACAGCUUUUAUAUAAAGGCUUACACCUCCCGGGGUGCCAGCAAAGCCUCAGAAGUCACGGUGGUGAGCACGCUGGGGGAAGUCCCAGCCAUGCCAUCCCUCUUUAUUAAAGUCAUUAACAGCACCGCUGUGCAGGCGACGUGGGAGCCCUCCAUCAAACUGGGCCAGCACGAAGGCUUCAAGCUGUACUACCGCAAGGUCCACCUGGCCCAGUACACAGGCCCAGUGCUGCUGGCCAGCAACGUCACAGCCUACAACAUUACCCACCUGGACGCGUCGGUGGUGUACGAGGUCAAGCUCCUUGCCUACAACCAGCACGGGGAUGGAGACUCCACCGUCCGCUUCGUGUCCCUGAGGGAAACUGUGGAGAGGACAGUAUUGAAUCCCCCCUGUGACUGCAUGAAGGACGAGCAGAACAAUAAAACCUCCACGACCGGCAUCAUCAUCGGGAUCCACAUUGGCGUCACCUGCAUCAUAUUCUGCAUCCUCUUCCUCAUGUUCGGGUACCGAGGAAGGCUGCUGAUGUGCAAAAACGUGCAGGAGCAGCUCUCAACCCCACAGAUCCCCAGGAGCCAGCGGAGCGCCGCAAGCCUCGUCCUGAACGGGGCCGCUCGCAGGGACAGGGACGACCGGGACUUGAACGGAAAGCAGCUGGAUAUGAACGAGCUGGAGAGGUUAUUCCCAGCAUCCCCAUCCCAGGAGCAGCAGGAUAAGGGAAUGACGUCGGCUCACAGCCCGCCGACCCCCCACGACGACACCCAGAUCUCCACACUCCCUCUGGACGAGUUCAGCAUCAUCGAGGAGCAGCCAGACGCCCUCCCAAAACCCCCCCGUGGCAGCAGCCCCCCUGCUCCAGCUCCCAACCACGGUCCCGCCAAUGAAGGAUAAAACUGCCAAGACUCGAAGCCUCUUGUGGGAGUUACCAGA